GACUAUAAAAAUCAUAUCCGUAUUAUGGUGAACAUAUUUUAAUGCAAAAUAUUCACCUUGAUGAUGGGAUUAAGUUGCGUCUUUUAAAAUCCAAAUGCUAGUACCCAGUACGAUGAUGAAAUUAUAAUAUGUGCUCGUCUUUUAAUGCAAAUCAUUGCGUUAUGACAUAAGGAUGGGAAGGCCUGUUGUAUACCACAAAUGAGACUACGUGAGAAGUGGAGAAAAUCCAACGAGACGUGAGUGAAUCGCCUCGUGCUGGUUGCCUUCGAUGUCUGCGUGGCAUCUGAAAGUUUUGCGUGGGUCAUAUCGUACACAAAAAGCGAAGAUGAAACGGAAAUGUCGUCCAGUGAUCUUCACUAUAGUUUGGACUCUAAUCGGAUGUAGUUUCGUCAGCAUCAUCACUCAAAGCUUCCGACAGUGUAAGACGUGUUAUCCUUCAACAAAAAACCUCAAUUUGGAGACCAAAGUGGGCACUUUCCAAACACCAUCGGCGAGUCCAACAGUCAGAGCAAUGUCAAAUGAAAAAGUGACUAGCAAGGUUGCAUCGACAAGAGUUCCUGAAAUUGCAACUGCUGUCUCCAAAGUCUCACAUUAUUUACAGAACGUGCCGUUCACUUUAGUUACAGGGGCAGACAGCUUCUAUUUUGGAGGACUUGCUAAUCUGGUUGGGUCCAUUCAUUUCUGGGAACCCAAGAGGAACAUUGUUGUAUACGAUUUUGGACUAGAGCAAAAGCAAAUUUCCAAAAUAAAGACCUGGUGUAAAACGAAACUGGUAACUUUCGAUUUUAAGAAUAAACCAGAACAUGUUUCAAAUUUACUACUAUACGCUUGGAAACCGCUUGUGAUUAAAGAAGCCGUGGACAGAUUUGGAAAAAUAUUUUGGCUUGACGCCGGAUGUGACGUCAGAGGACCUCUAAACAAAGUUGACGAAUACCUCCGCCAAGACGGUCAUUUCUUCGUGCAGGGGCAAGACACAGAUAUGACCGGCUUCGUUCAUCACAAGAUGUUUGAUUACUUCCAACAACCCCGGACCCAAUUUAAAGGAAAAUAUUCAUUUGCCGGUGGUAUAAGCGGCUGGGUAAAGGACAGCCACGCCUACACGACUGUCUUACCAAGAUGGACGUCCUGCGCUUUGGACGUGGCCUGUAUCGCACCCAAGGGGUCCAGUAUGGGCAAUCACAGGUUUGACCAGGCAGCUCUCUCUAUAUUAAUGUAUAGUUCUGGGAUAAAAGUUACCGCUCACACUGAACUCUUGGCUGCUGAGAGGAGGCAGUUAAAAUCAAACCAGCACGAUCCUAGCACCUACGUUAUAUACACGGCAAGAGGGCGCAGUUCCGAUUACAAGGCAGAUUUGUGUCGCAAUACUUCAGUGUUUAUUCCUACUACAACUGGCUUAUGGAGUACUAUAUAACACGCUUUGAACAAAUGCUGGCUGUCUUUUUAAAAGUGCGGAUUGGAUGGUAUAUAAGUUUAAUAGGUAGACCUCUUGGUCUGAUCUUAACUACUUUGGUAAGCGUGCAUCUUAUUAAUAAAACACCCU